UGGCACUGUGGUAUCAGACGAGGGGAUGGCGUCUGCGCGUCCUGUGUAGGCGCACACACGGCCAGGAAGGGGGCUGCACUCGGGCGGGCCAGCGCCUGCAUCUUGUCGUCAUCCCCGCUGCCCCCAUCCUGCUCCGCACAGAGGACGGGGCAGCGGCCGUAUCAUGUCCCAGCACAACGUGACGGUGAUCCGGACCACGGCCAGCAGCAGUAACGUGCAGCACACCAGCCCGGGGCUCGUGGACAGAGGCUACCCGCGCUCCAGCGGCGCCACCCUCAAGCUGUGCCAGGCGCUGUGUUUGCUGAUUGCCUUUCUUUGCGUGACGUUCUCCAACUGGACAGACUACAGUGCUUACCGCUAUUUUGAAGUUGUCACAAUUUGCUUCAUGAUCCUCAUAAUUAUCUUUUAUGUGGUGAACCUAUUCCGGAUUUACAGGAUGCUCACUUGUGUCUCGUGGCCGCUAGCGGAAUUGUUACACUAUGCCAUAUGUACCUUCCUGCUCUUUAUUGGCUCCAUUGUGGCUGCUGUCAAAAGUUCUGGCGUUGGUGGAUUAGUGGCUGGAUCGAUCUUCGGAUUCAUCGCCUGUGUCCUCUGUAUUGUAGGCAUGGUGCUAUCAUAUAAAGUGACAUUUGUAACUCAAUCCAGUGGAGCGACGUUAUGACUGCCUGGUCAGCACAGGAUUCCAGAGCUGAAGUGAGAAUGAAAAUCUCCUGCACAAACACUCAUGUCGGAGCACAGUUUGCACUGGCUGUGAGAUCCUCUCCGCAGGAAACUUCCACCGCCUCUAAUGGAUGCACAGCUAUGGAAUAUACACAUACCUGAGGCAGCUAAUUUGUAGCAGGGAAAUAUGAAUCACAUUGUCUUACACCAUAUCCAGUAAUGGAAUGGAGGACAUAUGUGUUCUCUGGAGGCUUGCUGCCAUUUAUGCUUUAAAACUGCUCCUGAAAAGCAAGUGUUAAAACCAAAGAUGACAAUACGAUUGUGUCAAUCAAUAACUUUCAUGUGUAUUCCAUUACUUAUUAGAUAAAAAUGAUAUUUAUGGACAAGCUAUGGAGUGGUGGUUCCGAAGGUUGGAGACUGCUGCUGUCGAUAGUAGUCAGUAGUUUUACCAACCUAAAUGACUUUAAAUUGUAAAUGCCAUUUUAGUGUCUUGAAGAAUCAGAUUAUGCAGAUUCAUUAAAGGGUAGAUUGAAACAAGGGGUCAGCAAGUUAAACAUUUUUGGGGUAUGUUUAUAUUCUGCUCAUAUUGCUCGGCAAGGAUAUACGGUGUCUGCCAUUAUUUUUACAGCUGUAAUAAUAUCCUCCAUGAAUGGACAGUAUCUUGGUAUAACUAUUGCAGUAUAUGUGAUGGCUGCUGACAAAUACUCGAUAGCACCGAUAUUGCUUUUUCAUUCUUAUAAUUUGUUUCCUCUCCACAUAAAAUAUGUACAACUUUUCUUUAUGGGCUGUGAGAAUCGUAAGCAGUUAAUAUACGUGCAUGUAAAUUAACUCAGUUAACGUCUUUUUUUUUUUUGGGCAUUUUGUAUUUUAUGAAGCUGUACAGGAUCGAAAACGGUAAACAGUGUUUUUACGUGUGAAAUGAAUGGUCAUUUUGUGUCCGUAAUUGUAAUCCUAGUUUCAUACUAUUAUAUGAUAAUGUGAAAAUAUGGAGUAAAAAAAUUAAAGGCUAACAUCUU